GAUCUUUAUUUACCAACAAAGGUUUUUUUCUAGUUUUAAUUGUAGAAGAUUGUGUAAGCUCUGGUUAGGAAAAAGGGGUUCGGAAUUAUCUUCUUCAAACAAUGGCGCAAAUAGCAUUUACUCGUGAUAUUACCAGGCGGAUAUUUUUAUCCUCUAUUCAACGCAACCCAAUUUCACGGUGGCUCGCGACCAACACGUGUGCACAAGGACAGUCCACUUCUAAAGCAUCAGCCGAUCAACAACCGGAAACACAACCAAAUGCCAAAGACAAACCAAUCAAAUUUUUCAACAGCCAUGCAUCCCAAUGGAAAGCCGAGCACACGAGAAGUGGCAAAGCUCCCGAAGACGUGCCCUGGUAUCAGCCGUAUGUGGUCCUUGCCAGUGUAACCAUUUUUAUGAUCUAUUUUUGUGUACUGAGGGAGGAGAACGAUAUCGACCAGGGGCUGGAAAGAUCCCUUUUUGAGCAUGUACCAGGGCUGGAAGAAAAACAGCUACUAAUCACCUAUCGGUACAAUUUAGACAACGGCCUCUCGACUUUAGAUAUAGAAAAGCGAAUGAAAGAGCUGGGCAUGGAAUAUUAAAGUUUGCCUGAAAUAUAACAAGUUUUAGUUUUUUUUUCAUCACAAAACC